CAAUGCCUACCCAACACUUCCUCAAUUUGCUCUUCUUCAUUCUCCUCUCUUGCAACACCCUCACUUCAAUAUCAUCAUCAUCAUCAUCAGAAAAAGAAGACACUUUUGAUUUUGUUCGUCCAAUAAACCCAAAAUUAUUAGGCCUAAACAAGAAAGAAAAACUAAGUCAUUUAAGAUUCUAUUGGCAUGACAUCUUAAGUGGAAAAAAACCCACAUCAAUCAAAAUUAUCCCACCAUCAUUGAAGUUAAACACAACCACUUCUUUUGGUUUAGUCAACAUGUUUGAUGACCCUUUGACUUUAGGACCACAAUUAAGUUCCAAACUUGUUGGAAAAGCUCAAGGUUUUUAUGCUUCUGCAUCACAAGAUGAUUUUGGUUUACUCAUGGCUAUGAAUUUGGCUUUCAUUGAAGGAAAAUACAAUGGGAGUAGUAUUACUAUCAUGGGGAGGGAUCUUAUUUUUGAUAAGGUUAGAGAGAUGCCUAUUGUUGGUGGUAGUGGAAUUUUUAGAUUUGCUAGAGGGUAUGCUCUAGCUACUACUAAGUGGUUUGAUCCCAAAUCUUAUGAUGCUAUUGUUGAGUACGAUGUUUAUGUUUUUCACUAUUGAUUUUGUUGUCAAGUACUCCGUACUUUAGUUGUCGGACUUACACAUUUUGAAAUAUGAAGAACUGAAUGAUCUUUGGUUUGAACUUUUAUCCUAACUACAAAUAAUGUCUUUUGCAGGUACUAACUGAAUUGUACUUACGAGACUAU